AUCGCUGUGGGUGUGUAACUAACACUGUCUCCAUUCCCCAGAAUCAACUACUCACAUUAAAACUGGCCAUGCCAGCGCAGCGCCGUAGCUAGUCACCGUCAAUAUUCGCAUCGCCUCCUUUGAACCGAGGACUGCUGGAUUAUAUCCCGUCUGCCGGUCGUCCGUCGUCUGGUUUGACCUGCUUAUCUACUAAAGUCCUGAACAGGAUUUGCGGUCCGUCAAUGAGGAACUACAGGCUCAUCUUCUGCCACAACCUGAAGCAACCAUAGAUGAACAGUUUGUUUACUACUAGUGAGUGGAGCAGGAGAUAAAGUCAACUUCUGGGCAUUUGUACAACAAGACGGACUGAAGCAGCUAGGCUGUGGAGGCGAUGAGGAAGAGCCUCAAUACUUCCCUCAGCGACUCCCUCAGCGCGGCCAGAGUGUUCGGGAUCCCCCUGGAGGAGGUGCAGCACAGCGGGCAGCCAGGACAUGAGGUCCCUCUGCUGGUCAGGAGCAUCGUCGAGUACAUUGAAGAGCACGGAGGGCUGCAUCUGGGUCUAUUUCUAGUGAACGGGAACGCAGAACGCGUGGAAUGGCUCAGGCAGCGCUACGAUAGCGGCGUCGAAGUCAACCUGGAGAAGGAGGCCGACCUGGCAUCCGCAGUCAGCCUGCUACGCCUCUUCCUGCAGGAGCUCCCCGAGCCCGUCAUCCCUGCAGGCUUACAGGCGCAAAUAAUGCAGCUCUAUCAAGACUACAGCAGCGAGGAAGAGCUGGGCAGAAACAUGAAGUACUUCCUUCAGCAGCUGCCGCAGGUCAAUUACAGCUUGCUCCGCUUCCUCUGCCGUUUUCUGUCCGGCGUGGCGUCUCUUCAGGAGGAGAGCUGGAGCAUAGGAGCUCUCGCUGCCGUCUUCGGGCCAGACAUUUUCCAUUUAGACACGGAUGUGGAGGACCUGAGAGAGCAGGAGUCGGUCAGCCGUAUUCUGGCAGAACUGCUGGAGAACCAGGAGGAGUUCUUCGACUCGGAGGACGAAGACAUUUCCAACACCAACGACUACAGCUCCAUUAAUGACCAGAUCACUGAGCUCCUGGAGGAAGAGAAGUUGGAGGCUUGUGAGGAGCUCCCGCGGGACGGGGAGGAUGGUCCCUCCUCUCUUUCCCCUAAACAUGCCCAUGUCGCCCCCUCCUCCAGUUCGCACAUUUCUUCCAUCAGCAUUCUUCCAGGAUCUGCCGCUAUAAUCCAGAGGACCAUCCGUGCUGCGGUGGAACAGCAUUUGUUGGACUUGCAGACGUCUAUUGACAAGGAGCUCGGCAGCUAUGAGAGUCAGGUGUUGGACUCCCAGCCCUUUCAGGGAAACGGCCCUAAUCAGAAGCCGGCAGGGCCUGAGGACCAUGAAGAUGUGCAGUCUGAAUCUGAGGCAGAGGCCGAGACUCUCCCGGAGGUUACGGAGGAGAGCCUGCCGUCAGAGAAUAGCGAGGAAUCUCAAGGUUCUCAGCUCAGCAGCCCUGUCACGGAAGAAAGCUCUGGGAUGGACCUUGACACGGAGACUCUCAUAGAUGCAGAGAGCCUCGGCACAGAAAGACUAGAGGACUACUCCGAUUAUGAGCAGAUGGAUCAGGCUGAUGUUAUCACCUUUGAGUCCGGUGACUGUGACCUGAAUGCUAAUAACGAGUGCACAGAACCAGACAGCAGCCCUCAGUCUUUGAGCAGAAGCAUUUUCUCAGACAGUGAACAAGAAGCAUCAUGCCCCAUCAAUUUCCCACCCAUUGACUUCACAUGUAUGCACCUGCAGAGAGAAGGGAGCGACCCUGUGCCGGUGUUUAUGUCAUGGCAAGAGGAGACCGAGUCAGGAGAAGCCCAGCUGUCUCCGUUGGCGGGCCGCAUGAUGCCUUUACCUCUAGAAGACGAUACUCAGCCGCUGCUGGCCCGACGCUUCUUGGACUUCGGCCACAGUCAGCGGUUCUUGCAGCAGGACCACGAUGCUACAUCCUCCACCAAAGCUUUGUCCUGUGGGAGGCCUCGCCGAGCUUCCCUCUCUUCCAAAGACAGCCUGAAGGGAGACAACGUCUCCCACCAGCUCACCAAGAAACUCCAGAACCUCAAGAAGAAGAUCAAGCAGUUUGAGGAACAGUUCGACAAAGAGAGAAACUACAAGCCGUCUCACGCUGACAAGGCAGCUGAUCCAAAGGUGCUGAAGUGGAUGACCGAUCUGACCAAAAUCCGCAAGCAGCUCAAAGGACGACAGCACCUCUUACCCAAAGGUUCCCUGAGGCACCAGGCCGUGCUUCAGUCAUACAGACGCCACUCGUCCUCUUCCUCCGUCCCGAACACACCCCAUUUUACACUGUCACGCCCCCUCAAUGCCUCUAGACAGGCGCCCCACUUCUAUGCCAAACACAAGGCCGAGAGUGAGCUGACCCCGCAGACGCGUCCACGCAGCAACACUCUGCCCAAGAGCUUCGGAUCCACCCUGGAUCAGUCGAGUCACGAGGACCCCGUGGAGAGCGAGGCUCGGGGUCACCGGCCCACGCGAGAAGAGACGCUGGAGCUCAUUCAGCACUGCGUCCAAACCAAACGAGCCGAGGACGGCUGGCCAGAGGACGUCAGGAAAAUGACCAAGGAGCAGCUUGCCAGCGAGAAAACAGUCCUGCAGAAGAAUCUUCUGUACUAUGAAGGACUUCAUGGGCGCCCAGUGACCCGAGAGGAGCGCUUGGUUGUGAAACCCUUGUAUGGCAGAUAUCGUCUGGUCAAGCAGAUGCUCACCCGUGUCAGCAUCACCCCUAUCAUAGCUUCUCCCUCCAGCAAACGGCGCAAUCAGAUGCUGCAGCCCAUCAUCGAGGGCGAGACCGCCCACUUCUGCGGCGAGAUCGAAGAAGAGGAGGAGGACGAGGGCAGGGGCCAGCAGGAAAACGUGGAGAUGCAGAGCGAGGCCUCCGAAAUCAUCAUGGACCCGGUCGCCCAGCCCAGCUCCCAGCAGCCCACUCAGGAGAACAUCCUCAGCUCUGGGAAGCUCAAUCUCGAUCUGCGUCUGUCCAGUUCCAACGCCUCCUCCAUGCCCGAGCUCCUGGAACAGCUGUGGAAGGCCAGGGCGGAGAAGAAGAAACUGAGGAGGACCAUCAGAGAGUUUGAAGAUGACUUCUACCAACAGAACGGCAGGAACGUUCAGAAGGAGGACCGCAUGCCUAUGAUAGACGAAUACAAAGAGUACAAGCGCAUUAAAGCCAAGCUGCGGCUCCUGGAGGUCCUCAUUAGCAAGCAGGAUUCGUCCAAGUCCAUCUAAAAUGGUUUGCGUCAGACAUGGCCUGCAUCAUCAACGUCCGCCGCCGUCCCACCGGAGGAGGAGGAGAAGAAGAAACGCCUGCACUCCAUCAUCCACACAAAGGCCUACAGGAAGAGUUUGAUAUUUUUGUCUUUCUUUUCCACGUUCGACAAGCUUUCUCAUACUGAGAACCAUGCUGCGUUGAGUAUCGCGUGUGUAUAUAUAUAUAUAUGGACAUCAAGCACUGAACUCUUCCUCAGACCGCACACACGGUCAUCAUAUUUCAACCCCCUCAUCUCACCCCCCCUCUCCCGGAGGUCUUCAUGGUUCUGUGUGUGUAUGCUACACUAUUCUGUAUGUAGGCUUUUAAAUAUUUCGAUGUUUUUCUUGAUCGAGACGUAUCAGCGCGACAAAUCGGAGGACUCUUGUAUCAAGCCGGUGCUCUUUUAGUUUUUACGUGACAAGACUCGGAUCAUCUGAUCGGACUGAAGGAAGCUACGGACUGUCACGAACUCUUCCUGAUUCAUAUGUAAAUGACACAUAGCUGUAUGUCUGCGUUAAUAUGCAU